AUGUUGCUCAAAUGCAUUCUGCCAUGGAUGAUGACAACGCGAACGAAUUGCUAUCGAAGUUCGAUAACACGAUUUUCUCGAGACAUCUAUUCCCGACUUUAUCCGAACUAUCUCGUUCUACCCGAUGGAUCAACAAUCCGAAUACGGUAUCCGGAACCGCGACAUCUUGUUAAAUUACCAGUCGACAUCGCGAGUUUAUCGGAAAAAGAGCAAAAGACACGGUUGCUGCGUCGAUCAGCUGUACAAAAAGAAAAAAUGGAAAUCACAUUAGAUACAGACUACGAUCCGACGGCAUAUUUGAAUAAAUAUGCGAAAUAA